AUGUCUGUGGCUAAUCUAAACGAGUUCCCACUUCACGAAUUAUCCACAAACAUGAGCACCAUCCGAUUCUCUCUCCUCAUCCUCGGCCUAAUCAAAUUCCUCCUCGUUCAAAUCCUCCUCCACAGGAAAAGAAUCUCCCUCUUCUUCACCGCCGAAUCCCGCGAUGUCUCCGAUGACUCAAACACGAACAUAAAAGUGGCCGAGAUCAAAUCCGACGAUGAGAGUGUUUGCGAAGGAGAGCAGCUGGAGACGGUGAUGACGAGGCUGGGGAUUUCCGGGCAAGGGAAGCUCCCCGCGAAGAUGGGCGGGGACGAGAUUUUCGAGAUGUUUGAGAAGAGAGGGCCGAGUUUGGGGGAAGUGAGGGAAGCUUUCGAUGUGUUUGAUCAGAACGGGGAUGGGUUUAUCGACGAGGAGGAGCUGCAGAGGGUUCUGUGUGGUCUUGGAUUCAAGGAAGGGAUGGAGAUUCAGAAUUGCAGGAGGAUGAUUGGGGCUGUUGAUGAAGAUGGAGAGGGGAGAAUUGGUUUUGAUCUGUUUCUCAAAUUCAUGGAAAAUAACUUUGCUUAG